AUGGACCUGGAUACCCCGGGAGAACCCGACCUCGAUAUCCAUGUCGUGACCCCUGGAGAAAUCGUGACGACGGACACUGCCUUUAUGAGGGGCCAUGGAACAUAUACAGAAGAUGAAUCUUUAGUUGCAUCAUUGGCUGGGGUGGUGGACCGGGUGAACAAGCUGAUAUCAGUCAAACCAUUACGCACACGGUACAACGGGGAGAUUGGAGACGUGGUGGUGGGGAGGAUAACGGAGGUCGCGCAAAAACGGUGGAAAGUCGACAUAAACUCCCGCCAAGACGGCGUGCUUCUGCUAUCGUCCGUCAACCUUCCCGGCGGAGUGCAACGACGGAAAACAGAGUCGGAUGAGCUGCAGAUGCGGACGUUUUUUGCGGAGGGGGAUAUGUUGAGUGCGGAGGUGCAGGCGUUCUUUCAGGAUGGUGCGGUGUCGGUGCAUACGCGGAGUAUCAAAUACGGCAAGCUGAGGAAUGGGUCUCUGGUCACCGUACCCUCGGCGCUUGUGAAGCGGACGAAAUCCCAUUUCGCGACAUUGCCGUGUGGUGUGGACGUCAUCCUCGGUCUGAACGGAUACAUCUGGGUGUCGAAGCAUGUACCGAUAUCCCCGGAUAUGGUGAAUCAGCCCGAUGCGCUUUAUCACAAUGACAACGAGCCGCUUUCCAAAUCCGAGCGGGAAACGAUUGCAAGAGUGUGCAACUGCAUUCUCGCCCUCGCCAAGCACAACAACUUCAUCAACGAUUCGAUGAUUGUCUACGCAUACGAGGCGGCGUCCCAGUAUGCCGUGAAAGAUAUAUUGAAGACGGCGAUAAGUCAGCAGGUUGUGUUGUCUGCGAGACAACAGUUGAGCGAGGCUUUGCAGCAGUAA